CCGGUCCCACGGGCUAAUGUGUCCGCCAGCACUCCUGCAGGAAUGAAUGAUGACGCACCAGACGAGGUCCUUGACGAGCUGAGGACCAGGCCCAUUGGAGGAUGGGGCAUCGCUCAGAUAGCUGCUGGCACUGGGCUGGCUGUGUACACCAUGUGGGUGGUAAUCGUCCAGCCAGGUUUUAGAAAAGUCCCUCUGAGGCUGCAGGUUCCCUACAUCCCAGCAAGCAAAGCUCAAGUAGAUAAUGUCAUGACACUGGUGAGAGGUCGAAAGGGAGGCCUGGUGGAUUUGGGAUCUGGUGACGGUCGCAUUGUCUUGGAAGCCCAUCGGCAGGGUUUCACUCCUGCUGUUGGUUAUGAGCUCAACCCUUGGCUUGUUCGAUUCGCCCGCUUUCAUGCAUGGAGAGCAGGCCUUCGUGAAAAUGUAUCGUAUCGGCGGGAAGAUCUCUGGAAGGUUGACUUGACAGAAUGCAUGAAUAUCACUGUGUUCUUGGCACCCAGCGUGCUUUCAUUAUUGCAGGAGAAGCUGCAGGCUGAGCUUUCUGAUGAUGCCUUAGUUGUGGCCGGACGUUUUCCCUUCCCUGACUGGAAACCCUGCAGGAUUGAGGGCCAGGGUGUGGACAGGGCCUGGGCCUACAGCAUGAAAGCACAAAGACAGCACGCUCUCAGGAACAACAACAACCUAACAGUCAUGGAUAGCGACAAUGUUACAAACUAACCAAGGAGAAAAUAUUCUCUUGAAGCUACUUAGACACAACAAAUCUUUUUCCCUCCUGUAACGGCAACGUGGAAUCAUUCAAUUAUAAAGCUGCUGGUAAGAUGUGAAUAUCCUUUAUUGGAUAAAGGUAACUUUAAGGACAUAUUACAUAAAUACAAUUUAAGACUUUUUGAUUACAUCUGCAACAGGAUGUUUCCGAGAAGCCGUGAAUGCAUAUGUUUGUGCUGCUCUACUGUUGUACUGAAGUGAAAAAUUGCAAUGAUUUUACAGAAAUUAGCAGAAAUGCUCUCUUCUAUAUUUUUGAUGGCUUGAUUGUCUAAUUUCUACAUUAACAACAAUGUCUGAACAUGCGUUUGAUAGUUGUUUUAUCUAUAGUUUUGUGUUUUCUGUGUCCACUAUAUGCCACUAUGUACUUAGUGUUUCUUACCACUAAAUAUUAUUAGACAUCUUCAGAGAAUAUUUUGGAAUUCAUGGUGCAGCUUGAUCCAGGAUUAAGAGGAACUAAACAAUGGAUAGCUUCCUUGUGGUUUCGUGGGCGGGUGGACUUUGCCCUUCAUGUUCUGUAAGCUUCAUUGUUAGAUUCUGCAAUCUCACGGACUGUAACCUUUGGACUAAUGGUGUCCAUAGUGUAUAGUACUUUUGAUGGUACUUCGUAGGUACAUCUGUGAACAUAUUAGUAGAAUUCAUGAUUCUUUCCAAAAUGGUAAAUAAUUAUCUAGUAUCAGUUUAUUUUUGACUGUAAUAGCUUUGAUUCUCUUGAAUGUAUAGAUUUGUACCAAGCUAUGAUAAUGGCAGCUGUAGGUGUGUAGUAUAUGAGAAAAGACAGUGUGAAGUGAAAAAUGUUGCUUUGUAAAUGGAAUUUGUAUAAUAAGAUGUGAUAAACUUUAUAGAGCACA